AUGCAGUGCGAUUUGAAAGAGUUGGCCGGCGAAAAAGUGCACGAGAGGGUGCGAACCAGUUUCGCGGAAUUCGACGGCGUUUUUUUACCCGAGGAGUACGAAAAAAUAGUCGCGGAUGUGGACGCUUUCGAGGUAUACGACAGCGAUUUUUGGGUCUGUAGUUUUCAAAAGUCAGGAACUACGUGGACCCAAGAAAUGGUUUGGUGCAUCGUCAACGACUUGGAUUUUGAAAAAGCCAAAGUGCCCAUCAGUGAAAGAUUCCCAUAUCUAGAAUUUUCUGGAAUCGUUGGAUCAUCGCGAAUAGCCACAAAUUACGCCCGCGAAAAUCAGAACCUACCAAAGUACUUGAUGAGCAGCGUCGAGUACUGUAACGAACUGACCCAUCCCAGAUUCAUCAAGAGUCACAACCCACUGAAUCUUCUACCGAAUGACAUAAGGGACGGCGCGAAAAAGCCGAAAAUCAUUUACGUCGCGCGAAACCCCAAGGACGUGUGCGUCUCGUUUUAUCAUCAUUCGAAGCUGUUCGACGGUUUUCAGGGCAGCUUCGAUGAACUUUGCCGAUUGUUUUUGGACGACGCGGUCAUUUACGCUCCUUACUGGAACCACGUGCGACAGUUCUGGAACAAAAGACACGACGAGAACGUUCUCUUCGUCACGUACGAAGAAAUGAAGAAGGAUAUUACAUCUGUCAUCAAGAAAACAGCCAAAUUCUUGAAUAAAGAUCUGAACGACGAGGAAAUCCAACGACUCGCGCAGCACCUGAGCUUCGAGAGCAUGAAAAAGAAUCCAGCGGUCAAUAGAGAGGUCAACAUCAAAUGGAUGAAGAGCCAAUCAAAGGUGGAUGGCGAAUUCAUGAGGAGCGGAACCGUAGGUCAAUGGAAAGAAACGAUGAGCGAAGAAAUGAUCGAGAAAUUCGACGCGUGGAUAAUUGAGAAUUUGAAGCAGUGCAAGGGAUUGGAGUUUUGA